UCAUUACAGAUGCAUAAACCAUAUAAAGGUUUGAUAGAUCCAUCAGGAUAUAAUUAUGGAGGCUAAAGUUUGAUGUGGUUUGAAAAAUAUAAUCAUCGAGAAUAUCUAAAUAAAGUCAAAGCAUGGCCAUUAAAUCAUAUGAAAUAUUUAGAAAAUGAAUACCCUAUUCAAGAAUCUAAAUAUUAACCAUACAAAAAUCCAUUAUCUAGUGAAUCAGUCACUUUUAUUAAACCUAAAAGUGAAAUAGUACCAGAAAAUAAACCACAUUUUUUUAGAAGAGUAUAAAGUUCAAUUGAUCCAGGUUUAUAAUAAACUCUUCAUUAACCUAAUUAAAUGUGGCCUAAACAUAAAAAAUACAGAGAAAAAACAUCUGGAUAAUAUUUAUAAUAUUUAAAUCCAAAUAAUGAUCCAUAUGGUUAUAAAGAAUGUAUUUACAAUAAUUAUUAAAGCAAAAAUAAGAACUAAAAAUGAUCGAAAAGGUCUAUCAUAUGCAUCAAAUUUAAUGAAAUUCACUUUUAAAGAGGAAACCAUACUUUAAGAAUUUGAUAAAUAUUUCUAAAGAAAAAUCAACUCUGGAGAAACAAUUACAAUCGAAAUAAUUUAAUCGAUAGUAAUAUAACUAGGAUAAUAAUUUAAAAUCAAAUCUUUAGACACAUUCUCUAAAUUAUUUAAUCAUAUUUCGAAAUAAUGUUAACUAUCUUUAAAAGACUAUGAAUUAAUGUACACAAAUGUGCUCUCUAAAUUGGGUUGA